AUGAAUAAUAAUAAUCGUUUUAAAAAACCAACUUAUUUCUAAACAAAGCUAUUCAUAAAUAAUUAAUUUGUUGACGGAGUAAAAAAGACUUAUAUCCCAGUUUACAAUCCUGCUACAGAAGAAAAGAUAUGUGAAAUAAGUGAAGGAACAGAAUAAGACAUAGAAUUAGCUAUAGAUGCUGCUGCCUAAGCCUUUAAAAAAUGGAAAAAAGUUGCUGCAGCUGAACGAUCUAGAUUAAUGAUGGUACUAGCAGAUUUACUUGAAAAGCACUUAGAUGAAUUUGUUGCAUUAGAAUCUUUAGACAAUGGCAAACCACUCGAUUAAGCUCUUUUCGAUAUAUAAGAAGUGGUAACUAGCAUCAGAUAUUAUGCAGGCUGGGCUGACAAGUUAACUGGAAAGACCUAUUAGUCUUCUGAAGAUACAUUGUUUUAUAGUCGCCGUGAACCUUUUGGAGUUGUUGGAUUGAUUUCUCCUUGGAAUUAUCCUUUAAUGAUGUGUGAAUGGAAAUUCGGACCUGCUCUUGCUACAGGAAAUUGUAUUGUACAUAAACCUUCAGAAGAAACUCCUUUGACAAUUUUAAGAUUUGCUGAACUUAUUAAAGAAGCUGGAUUUCCACCUGGAGUAUUUAACAUUGUGCCCGGGUAUGGAAAUAUUGCAGGAGAGGCACUCGCUAGAAGUUAAAAAGUAGGAAAAAUUUCUUUCACUGGUUCAACAGCAGUUGGAAGAAAAAUACUUUAGGCAAGUUCAGAAACCAAUUUGAAAAAAGUAGCUCUUGAAUUAGGUGGAAAAUCACCUGUUAUAGUAUGUCCUUCAGCUGAUUUGGACAAAACGAUAGUAGCUAUUUGGUUCGCAUUCACAUAAAAUAUGGGACAAUCAUGUGAUGCUGGAAGCCGUUUGCUUAUUCAUGAAAGCAUUUAUGACGAAUGUUUGAAAAGACUUAUUAAAAUGAACGAAAGUGUAAUUAUUGGGGAUGCUUUUGACGGUGCUAACCAUGGCCCUUAAGUUAAUAAAAUAUAAUUCUAAAGAAUUCUUCAAUUUAUUGAAGAAACUAAAAAUCUUAAAGAUGUCAGAGUUAUCUUAGGUGGAGAAAGGUGGGGAUAAAAAGGAUACUUUAUUAAACCUACUAUUUUUGCUAAUGUUGAUGAUAAUGCUAGAAUUGCUUAAGAAGAAAUUUUUGGACCCGUACUUGCUGUUUUAAAACCUUGGAAAACUAUUGAAGAAGUAAUUGAAAGGGCUAAUAAUAGUAGUUAUGGAUUAGCUUGUGGAAUAAUGAGUUCCAAUUUAACUGAAUGUGAAUUACUUGCUAAAGAAAUUGAUGCUGGAAAUGUUUAUAUUAAUAGCUAUGCAAUUUCACAAAGAUAUAUGCCUUUUGGAGGAUAUAAAUAAUCAGGAUUUGGAAGAGAUGGAGGAGAAGAAGGUUUACUUGAAUAUACGCAAGUAAAAUCAGUUUAUUAUUAACUUUGAUUUAGUUUUUUAAAAAUAUUUUAUUAUCUAAUUAUAAAUUUCAUUUAUUAUUUUUUAUAUUUAUGAAAAUUAUUUUAGUUUUAUACAAA